AUGUCGCACGAAAACAUCUUGUCCCGUAGCAACACAACAAGCAGUAGCAGUGGCGUUUUGGUGCUGAUUCUUGCCUCUAUGCUCGUUGUGUGUUCCUUCGUAGUGGACUACAACAUGGCUUCACUCACACAAACCUCCUCCUAUCAUUAUGCUCUCGCACCAUCCAAUGAACUCUCUUUCUGUGCUUUCAACAUUCAAAUUCUUGGCAAAUCCAAGAUGGAGAAACAACAAGUGGUUUCCAUAUUACUCAAAAUCCUUUCUAGAUAUGACAUUAUUUUCGUUCAAGAAAUUAGAGAUGGUUCCGAUGAUUCCUUUGCUUCACUUGUGAAAGCAUUGAAUCAACAUGUUUCAUCCAAUGGAAAACGAUACGAUUACAAAGUGAGUGAGAGAUUGGGAAGAAGUGCUUCCAAAGAACAAUAUGGAUUUAUUUAUAAUCCUGACAAGGUCAAAUGUGUCAAGACCAUUCAAUUUGAAGACACUGAUAAUUGGUUCGAGAGAGCUCCAUUUACUUUUGUGUUUGAAUUCAUUACAACGGAUGCUAAAUUGAAAGGAAAGCAAUUCGCUAUUAUUGGAUGUCAUAUUCGUCCAUCUGCUGUUGCUAAAGAACUCAAUUAUCUCACUCAAGUGUAUGAUUCAUUCAAGGGACUUCCUUUCUAUCAAAACACGAUCAUUACUGGAGAUUUCAAUGCUGAUUGUUCUUACUUGUCCAAGACAGCCCUUAAAACUCUUACACUCAAUGAUUCGAAUAGAUUCAAAUGGCUUCUCGAUGAAGAUUCCACUGUUGCUGAUAGUGCAUGCAGUUAUGAUCGAUUUGUGGUUCCUCUCGCAUUUGCCAAUAGCAAACUCUCAACUUCAGGAUUUGAAAUUCAAAAUCCAAAAGUGUUCCGAUAUGAAAGUGAAUUGAAUGUUGCCAAAGAUCUUGUGAAACUUGUUUCUGAUCACUAUCCAAUUGAAUUGAAGAUUCAAACUAGUGGAAAGAUUGGAAGUUCAACCAAGACAUUGAGUGAUCUUGUUGAGGAAGAUAUUUCACACAAUUAUAGAGAUUAUUAA